AUGUCGUCUCUUGACACAACACUAAAAGAUUUUGUAUACCCGUAUAAGUACGAGGUUGAUAAGACGAGCAAGUAUAUAUGCAAAGAAAUGCCUGAAGCACCUUUCGAACAGAUUUGGGAGAAGUUAAAAGGUGCUGCUGUGAUGACAUUAAGUAAGUACGAUCCCUCACAUAUGGACGAGUACAAAAAGAUGUUACUCAAAGGAGAUUCUUUGUUCAACCCACAGUUCAAACAAAUCGUCAGAGACUUCUUUGCGGGAUGUUUUGAUCAAGGGUCUCCAAUGUUCCAGACGAUCUUUAGAAACAUGGUGGGCAAAGUCAUGUGUUACAUGCGCUUUAGUACGGAACAAACUCUAUAUCGCGAAGAACUCGACAAAGUGAAGUUAGACCGACCACUUUUCAUCACAUCAAUGCCACGAAGUGGGUCGACCUUCCUUCACAACUUAAUUGCGAAUGAUCCACGAGCAAAUGCUAUUCACUUCUUCGAACACGUAUCACCAGGAAGUCACACAAUGGAUCACGACGCUCGAGUCAAAGUGUUACAAGACAUGUUAAAUGCGUUCCAUGACAAUUCAACGAUUGAUAUGAAUACCGUGCAUAACAUGGACUCUCCUAUGAAUUAUGAGGAAGAGUUGUUCUUCAUGGAGUUGCUUGGACAAUGCUUUGUGAUGUCAUCUUCAUUGCCAAGAUUAGAACAAUACAGGGAACAUAUAUUCAACAUUGAUUAUCACUACGUCUAUGAGGCUUUAAUAGACGAAAUUAAAAUGCAUAUCGUCGAAUAUCCAAUGCAAAGAUCAGAUGGAUUCAUGUGUCUAAAGGCAGUCUGCCACUUCGCUUCUAUGGCACCAAUGCUCGACGUUUUGGGAGAUGAAAAGUACAACGCCAAUUUCGUCUGGAUCCACAGAGAACCACUGGAACAAAUCAAGUCACUGAUCCCAUUGUUACUUGGCGCUCAAGGAAGAUUCGAACACGAUUUAGGAAGAAAUGAUAUCGAGUGGAUUAACAAAUAUGUCCUCAAGAUCAACGAAAUUAUAUUACGAAACAUCAUAGCAACACGAGACGAGUGGAUUAAGAAAGACCCAAAGAGAGCAGAUCGUAUCAUCGACGUUGGCUUCGUCGACUUGGUUUCGCACCCCAAAGAAACAGUGGAGAAAAUCUAUAAGAAAUUUGGAAUCGACUACACGGAGGAAGUCGACAAGAUCCUUGAUAUCACUAUCAAUGAAAAAGAUCCACAGAGAAAACACGGAAGAAAGCAACACGACCAGAACUUAUACCUUUUCAAAGACGAUGAUGUCAGAGAACAGUUCAAGUUCUAUUACGAGAGAUUCGGUGCAUACCUUCCAAAGUAUUAUGAGCAGAAGUAA